AUGCCUCCAUUUAAGGGUCGAUUAAUUACCUUCCAUGAGGAUCCUCAACUCAUCAAUAUCACAUCGACCACUCUUCAUGACAAAGUCCAAGAAAUUAUGCGUAUGCCAUGGGGUAUGAGCACCAACUUUUACAAGGUGUUUGAAAUGAUUCUCAACGAGGCAAAGAAGAACAAACUUACUCAAGAAGAAAUGCCAACCACGAUUUAUGUUAUUAGUGACAUGCAGUUUGAUAGUGCAGCAGGAUCAAGCAUGGCUAACUUUGAUUACAUGAAGAAUUUGUACAAGCAAUCUGGUUAUGACAUUCCAAGAAUUGUCUUUUGGAACGUGAAUGGUAGUUCUAGAGAUUUUGUCUCCAAUGACGCCCAUGAACAAGGAGUAGCCAUGAUUGGUGGAUUCUCACCAAGCAUCAUGAAGGCAGUGUUGGAAGGUGAGGACUUUUCACCACUUGGCAUCAUGAAGAAGGCCAUUGAUGAUAAGAGAUAUGAGAAGAUCAGAUUGGCCUCUUCACCUCAACAAGAGUAA